GUUUGUUUUCACUUGUUUUAUUUAAUUAGUUCUAGAAUUCUUUUCAGUAUCAAUUUAACUGCAGUUUGUCAACAAUGCAAUCCGGGUUUACAUUUAAGGAACCAAUUACAAUAGGAACCCAUGACGGUGUAUUUCACGCUGAUGAGGCGUUAGCCUGCUACUUACUACAAAAAAUACCACAACUAAAAAAUGCAAAAAUUAUUCGGACUCGUGACCCUAACGUUUUAGAUAAGUGUACGAUUCUUGUUGAUGUUGGCGAUAUUUACGAUCCAAAACGGCACAGAUAUGACCACCAUCAUCGAGAUUUUACGCAUACUCUAUGUUCAAUUCGCCCAGAAUAUCCUAAUAAAAAAAUUAUAAAGCUGAGUUCCGCUGGUUUAAUUUAUGCACACUUUGGUAAAGAAAUUAUCUCACAAAUUUUAAGUAAUUCAAAAUUAACCAAAGGUGAUUUCAAAUUAGUAUAUUUACAUGUGUACGAAGAUAUUGUAGAAGAACUUGAUGGUAUCGAUAAUGGAAUAAAACAAUGUAAAGCAGGAACAGUAUUUCGAAUUCAUACUAAUGUCUCUAACAGAGUAGAUAAAUUAAAUCCAUAUUGGAAUUCAUCUACGGCUGUGAAUAUACAAGAAUUGUUUUACAAAGCUAUGGAACUGGUCGGGAAGGAAUUUGAAGAAGCUGUUUUAUAUAGAGCAAAUGUUUGGUUACCUGCUCGACAUUUGGUUAAAGAAUCAAUCGAAAAACGAUUCGAUGUUCACAAAACUGGCGAAAUUAUCGAAUUAGCAAACAGAUGUCCAUGGAAAGAACAUUUACGUACUUUAGAAAAGGAAUUGAGAAUUAUAGGAAAAAUUAAAUUUGCUAUCUUCCAAGAUUGCACGGGUGAAUGGCGAGUACAAGGUGUACCGGAUGGUAGGAAUUGCAGAGUUCUCCUUCGCGAUGAUUGGAAAGGUUUUAGACAUGAAGAACUCAGUAAAAAAUCUGGAAUUCUUCAUUGCACAUUUGUCCAUGCUGAUGGAUUCAUUGGGGGAAAUUUAUACCGGGAUGGCGUGUUGGAAAUGGCUAAAAGAAGUUUAAAUUAUCAUAAGAAAAUGAAACAGCAACAACAGAACAAGUUUAAAAGUAAAAAAUUAAAUGAUAAUAGAGAACAUUUAAAAAAAUUAAAUUUGUCCAAUUAA